CCGGCACGUUGGACAGACGUCCAAGCGUACCGUGAACAGAAACAACGAAUUUCGCGCCGCUAAACUUUUAAAACUUUUUUUUAAUGAAAAGUCAAUUAACUUCAAUUAUUCUACUCAGUGGACAAUACCUUUGCAAAGCAUGUAGCUGAUAAUCGUUCGUAAAUGCUUAAUAUACACACUUUCGUGAUUUAAAUGACAAUUUGUAUUAGUAAAGAUUUACAUUAUUUUACAAAUUUGUCUGGCUGGCUGUGUUAAUUAGUGUCACCAUGACGAACACAUGCAUAUUAGUGUUGUGCGUGCUGGGCUCGGUGGCGGCGUACACGGGCCCCGAUCUGCCGGAGGGCCCGUUCUGCGGCAAGACCCGCGAGUGCUGCCGGGACCGCCGCGAUUCCUGCGCACACAGGAUACUCGACACGUUGUGCUACUGCGACGAGUUCUGCGACUUCAAUCGGGCGCACGACGACUGCUGCCCCGACUACCUGCCGGUGUGCCGCAACCAGACCGCGGAGCCGGGGUUCAUCCUGCAGCCGUGCCGGCACCGCGGCCAGCUGUACAUGCCCGGUCAGACCCGCGCCGACAACUGCAACACUUGCGAAUGCGUCCACGACGAGAGGACGAAGAAAACUGAGUGGUCGUGCGAGCGCGACACAUGCCUGAUGAGCGAGGACGUGGUGUACGGCGUGAACCAGCCCGGCCUGGGCUGGCGCGCCUACAACUACUCGCAAUUCUACGGGAAGAAACUCAGGGACGGGCUCAGUUACAAGCUGGGCACGCUGCCCCUGAGCCCCGAGACGCAGCGGAUGCUGCCCAUCGAGUACGACUCGGACGCGCCCCUGCCCGACAGGUUCGACGCUCGGCAGCGCUGGCCCGGCUACAUCACGCCCAUCGUCGACCAGGGCUGGUGCGGCUCCGACUGGGCCGUGUCCAUCGCCUCAAUCGCAUCGGACCGAUUCGGCAUAAUGUCGAACGGCGCCGAGAGCCUGGUGCUGUCUCCACAGACGCUGCUGUCUUGCAACCGACGGCACCAGCGCGGCUGCGGCGGUGGCAACAUCGACGUGGCAUGGAACUUCGCGGGCGAACAUGGAUUGGUAGAAGAGAAAUGCUUUCCAUACACGGCUAAGGCCGAGAGAUGUCCUUACCAGCCGCAUGGGGAUUUGAUCCAAGAUGGGUGCCGGCCGAAGGACCCGCGCCGCACGUCGCGCUACAAGGUGGGCCCACCCUACCGCCUCCUCAAGGAAGAGGACAUCAUGUACGACAUUAGGGAGUCGGGCCCCGUUCAAGCUGUGAUGACCGUGUACCAGGACUUCUUCCACUAUCGAGACGGCAUCUACCGGCGCAGCCGCCACGGGGACAGCAAGCUGCAGGGACUGCACAGCGUCAGGAUCGUGGGCUGGGGCGAGGACCGCCAGGAAAAGUUCUGGAUCGUGGCGAACAGCUGGGGCACCGACUGGGGUGAGAAUGGCUACUUCCGCAUCGCGCGCGGCUCCAACGAGUCCGGCAUCGAGUCAUUCGUGGUCUCCGCCUUCAGCGACGUCACGUCCGCGUUCCUGCGCCCGUCCGUCCGCCGCACCACAUAACAGAGGGGCCAACUCAUCAGGCCGCUGUGUGUCGUCAGUCGCCCCUUUCAAACGUCCAGGGGGAUAAUGUGGUUUAAUUUUACUAGGUACAUUGGUUAGGUUUUGAUCUGUUGUACUGUUUUGGUUUAAAUGCUGUCUAGCGAGUAUAUGGUAACUCUGGAUUCAGCGUGAUCUACUUGCUCGCAACAGUAGAUUUGUUCCUGUAUUUUUUUCUAAGUAUUCAUUCUCAAUUUUUGAUUUCAGUGCUACCUAGUCCACAGAAUAAGUAAUAGUAUUAUCAUACAGAACGGCCACGCACUGCCCCGCCCCGAUUCGAAUUACCUCGCCCCGCGACAGCAGAUUGACGAGAUUUUGGCGAACGUUCAGUUCGGUUUUUAAGCAACUUACACAAUGACGCAUGACGCAUGACGCGUGUACAGAAAUGCCGUUCACACAUAGAAACGGAAAUGAUUUUUUCCCCUCACUAGCUCGGAAAGCCGUCUUUUAUCCUUUAAAACAAGCGGGGAAAAACGCAUUUUAUCCACUAGUGGGGAAAGUAAUUUGACCUUGGAUGGAGCGUGUUUAAGUAGCUUUUGACAGAUAACAAAACGUAAAACGCUCAUAAUAAUGGUUCGUUCGAUAUUAAUUAUCAUUAAAUAAAUGGUUUGAGAAUUUAAUAAAAAAUACCAAAUUUAGCUUUAUUUAAUGAUUUUAAGUCAUAAACCUUAAACUCCAUAAGAAACAUUUGUUUUUUUUUAAAUGACGUUGAAUGUAAUUCUGAACGCAUAAGUUGAGUCGAUGCAAUUUCAAAACGCAUCGUCAGAAAUGUCAACAUUGUUAACAAAAAUUUUCUCACCGACUCCGACACGUAAAAAUACACAACUUCCAGAGUUUUCUGUUAUAAUAUCGUAUUAUCGUAAAAAAAUUAGUGAUUCCUGGGAUGAAGAUGAUCUAACGCCAGUGGAUGUUGCACUUUCCUCGCUAUAGUGAGGGGAAAAGUUUUGUGUUACACACUGGUGCAAUUGUAUUUUACUUCUCGUGUGUUGAAACACUCGCUACGCUCAGGAUUCUAUUUUAAAACCUAUAGAAUCCUUUCCCCUGCUCGUGUUUCAAUUCCACACUCGCGGGUAAAAUACAACAUUGCACCCUUGUAUAACAAAUAACUAUUGAUGUAUGGCGUGUCCGCCCUGUGCUGGUUCUUACAUGAAAAACAAAACUUAAAUUUCAGCGUUAUGUGGGGGAAGUAGUCCUUUUUGCCACUGUAUUGACUAAUUGUGUGUGUGACCCUCAGGCACAAAGGCCACGCGCUCACACAAAAGAAAUAAUGGCUUUUUCCCCUCACUAGCUCGGAAAGCCGUCUUUUAUCCUUUAAAACAAGCGGGGAAAAACGCAUUUCAUCCACUAGUGGGGAAAGUAAUUUGACCUUGGAUGGAGCGUGUUUAAAUAGCUUUUGACAGAUAACAAAACGUAAAACGCUCAUAAUAAUGGUUACUUCCAUAUUAAUUAUCAUUAAAUAAAUGGUUUCAGAAUUUAAUAAAAAAAUACCAAAUUUAGCUUUAUUUAUUAUGACUUAAUGAUUUUAAGUCAUAAACCUUAAAUUCCAUAAGAAACAUUUGUUUUUUUAAAUGAUGUUGAAUGUUAUUCUGAACGCACAAGUUGAGUCGAUGCAAUUUCAAAACGCAUCAUCAGAAAUGUCAACAUUGUCAACAAAAAUUAUCUCACCGACUCCGACACGACAACUUCCAGAGUUUUCUGUUAUAAUAUCGUAUUAUCGUUAAAAAAAUGAGUGAUUCCAGUGAUGAAGAUGAUCUAACGCCUGUGGAUGUUGCACUUUCCUCGCUAUAGUGAGGGGAAAAGUUUUGUAUUACACACGGGUGCAAAUGUAUUUUACUUCUCGUGUGUUUAAACACUCGCUACGCUCAGGAUUCUAUAGUUGAACCACUCGCUUUGCUCGUGGUUCAACUAUAGAAUCCCUUUCGCUUGCUCGUGUUUCAAUUCCACACUCGCGGGUAAAAUAUAACUUUGCACCCUUGUAUAACAAAUAACUAUUUCAGAUCUAAACAUUGUAUGGUAAGGGUAUUUUUGUACUGGAAUAUAUAGGUAUGUUGUACUUACGAUCUCCAAGAGAAA